AUGACGGAAGAAAAUCACUGUAUGUACUUUGUGAAACGAAAAAAACGUUAUUGUCGUAUGACUGUGAGAAAAGGAAACAGGUAUUGUGGUGAACAUCAAGAAGUUCCAUUAGAAUCAUUUUCCUAUAACAAAGAAGCUUCUGAAAAUAAAAGGAUAAAAUGUCCUCUUGAUCCUACACAUACAUGUUAUGAAUCAAAAUUGGCUAAACACUUAAAGGUGUGCAAUGCAAAACGAUUCAUUGAUGCACAACCAUCAUUUAUAGUAAAAGGGAUUAAUGUGAAAGAAGUGUGUGAUGCACCACGACAUGUACCACUCUCUGAACUUAGUGAACUUGUAAUAAGCACAGUCAUAGACAAAGUAAAGACUGCUUAUGAAAAGUUACCAAAGUUUCCUAAAAUAUUACUGCAACAUGAAGUACUUAAAGAUAAAAUACAUGAUAAUUCCUGUGGAAAAUCUAUUAAGAAACAUCUCUCACAGAAUUCAUCACUGCUAUCACAUUUAGAACUUGCAAAUCUUGUAAAAGAAAAUACAUGCUUUAUUGAAUUUGGAGCAGGAAAGGGUAAACUGACUUAUUGGUUAGGACAAAUAAUAAAAGAUAAGAAAAAUUGUGGUAUUCUAUUAAUAGAUCGUUCAAGUCAUAGACAUAAAAGUGAUAAUAAAUUGAAAAGUGAACAAUUCCUUCUUGUAAUAGAAAGAGUACGUGUUGAUAUUGCUGAUUUGAAAUUAAAUAAUAUGACAGUGAUUCAAAAGUUUGAACAUAAAGUUGCUAUUGCAAAACAUUUAUGUGGAGCAGCAACAGAUUUAACUUUAAACUGCUUGAUUCAAGCAAUGCAAAAUGAACCUAAAUGCAAUAUUUCUGGAUUAGUAAUUGCUUUUUGUUGCCAUCAUAAGUGUGAUUAUGCAUCAUACGUUGGAAAACAAUUCUUAAAACAAUGUGGGUUUACAUCUAAUGAAUUUACAGUGUUAUGUAGUAUUGCUAGCUGGGCCACUUGUGGAUCUGGUUUAAAUGAAUCAAAAAAAAUUUUAAAUACUCAGAAUAAUUCUAAUGAUACAAGAAUAAAUAUAAAAAAUUUAACUUCAAGCGAAAGGGAAAAAAUCGGCCGCAAAGUGAAAUUGUUGUUGAAUUGGGGACGAUUGGAAUAUCUGAAAAAUGUAGGAUUCCAAAGCAACUUAGUUUAUUACACCACUACCGAUAUAUCUUUAGAAAACAUGUGUAUAGUAGCUACAAAAAGUUAA